AUGGCUAGGCAAAGCGAUCUGAUGGUCUCAAAAAUAGGCAUCAUUGGAGCCGGUGUAAGUGGUAUAGCUGUUGCUAAGCAGCUAUCACACUAUAAUCCAGUGGUUUUUGAAGCGAGUGACUCCAUCGGAGGGGUGUGGAAAAGUUGCUCUUACAAUUCCACAAAACUUCAAUCUCCUCGCGGUGAUUAUGAGUUCACUGAUUUUCCCUGGCCUAACAGAGAUGACCCAAGUUUUCCUUCUUAUAUCGAGAUAUUGGAUUACUUGAAAUCUUAUGCUGAGCAUUUUGAUUUGAUGAAGUAUGUCAUGUUCAAUUCAAAAGUGGUGGAGAUCCGGUUUGUUGGUGGUCGCAAACCAACUGAUUUUAGCGGCAAACCUGGGGAGUAUGGCAGCCUUUUGCCUGGGCAGCCGAUUUGGGAGGUUGCUGUGCAAACCAAACAAUCUGAAACCAUUCAGUGGUACGCGUUCGAAUUUCUUGUUGUUUCCACUGGGAAGUACGGAGAUAUACCUAAGAUUCCGGAGUUCCCACACAAGAAAGGGCCUGAAGUAUUUAAGGGCAAGGUGAUGCAUUCGCUUGAUUACUGCAAGUUUGACAAGGAAGCGGCUAAUCAACUCCACAAGGGAAAGAAGGUGGUAGUCAUUGGCUUCAAAAAGUCAGCUAUUGAUUUAGCUCUUGAGUGCGCUGAGGCAAACCAAGGUCCAGAAGGGCAACCAUGCACCAUGGUCGCAAGGACAUUACACUGGACUGUGCCCCAUUACUGUGUAUGGGGUUUGCCCUUUUUCUUGCUCUUUUCCACAAGAUCUUCUCAGUUCAUACACGAAAGACCAAACCAAAGUCUCACCAGGACUAUGCUUUGCUUGCUGUUAUCUCCAAUGAGGCAUGCAGUUUCCAAGUUCAUAGAGUCCUAUCUCCUCCACAAACUUCCUUUGCAGAAGUAUGGAUUAAAACCAGAUCACCCUUUCAUUGAAGACUAUGCAUCUUGUCAGAUGGCUAUCAUGCCAGAGAAUUUCUUUUCUGAGGCGGACAAGGGAAAGAUUGUGUUCAAAAAAGCAUCAAAAUGGUGGUUCAAUAGGGAAGGACUUGAAUUUGAGGAUAACUCUAAAGUGGAGGCUGAUGUUGUCAUAUUUGCAACUGGUUAUGAUGGGAAGAAAAAGCUCAAAGAUAUCUUACCAGAUCCUUUUUGCAGUUUGUUAGAAGAUGCUCAUUCUGGCGUUAUGCCCUUGUACAGGGGAACUAUUCAUCCGUUGAUACCAAACAUGGCUUUUGUGGGAUACAUAGAGAGUGUUGCAAACCUUCACACAGCAGAGCUGCGCAGCAUCUGGCUGGCACGACUUAUUGACAACAAAUUUAAGCUCCCAACUAUUGACAAGAUGCUUGAACAAGUGUCUAAAGAGAUUGAAAUCGCAAAGAGGACUACCAGGUUUUAUAAAAGGCAUUGCAUCUCAACUUUCAGUAUCAACCACAGCGAUGAAAUCUGUGAAGAAAUGGGAUGGAGCUCUUGGAGGAAGAGCAACAUGUUAGCAGAAGCAUUCAGCCCUUAUGGCAGUAGGGACUACGAACUGAAAUAA